AUCACUACACUUUAAAUGUCAGAUUUGUCAUUCAUACACAUUUUUUAAUAAUAUGUCGAUUGUUUUCUAAAAUACUCUUUCGUAUUGCAGCCACUAUUUACAGCUAAAAACCAUUAAUUAAAACAAUUUAGUGAUGGAGCUAAAUAUUAGAUAGUGCAGCCGAAUUCUAUGGAACAAACUUGCACACCAAACAAGGCGGCAUUUAAUUUAUUCAGCGUACUUGGACGGGCAUGAUUACCAAUGAGGAGAUGUGACAGUGACUUGUGCCGAGUCCGCUACAAACGAAGUCCUCCGCAGGACGGAGACGGAGAGGAGGACAGGCUCAUUAUAGACUCACUGUCCAGUCUCAGUGACGACCACUUCAAUAACGUUAACAUCUCGUGCGGCGCGUGCGCGAUGUUUCCUUCGUGCAUGUCGCUGCUGUCGCGGCGCGAGGGGCGUCCCACGCCGGCUCCGGGGCACGCGCCCGUCACGCUCAACGUUUAUGACAUGUACUGGACUAACUGGUACACGGCGGGUGCAGGGCUGGGCGUGUUCCACAGCGGCGUGCAGGUCCACGGCUGUGAGUACGCGUACGGGGGGCACCCGUACUCGUUCACGGGAGUGUUUGACAUCACGCCGCGCGAUGAGCGGGAGCUGGGGGAGCACUUUCGGUUUCGACAGAGUGUGUUGAUCGGCUACACCCGCUUCUCCGAGGAGGAGGUGCGGCGCCUGGUGGCCGAGCUGGGCAAGCAGUUCCGCGGGGACCGAUACCACUUAAUGAACAACAACUGCAAUCACUUCACGUCGGCUUUCUGUCUGGCGUUAUGCAACCAGGACAUCCCGGCGUGGGUGAACCGGCUCGCGUACGUGAGCUCGUGCGUGCCCUUCCUGCAGCGGUGCCUGCCCAAAGAGUGGCUGACCCCUGCCGCGCUACAGCACUCUUUGGCGGCGCAUUCUCGCUCCUCUUCGCCACAAACGCCUCAAUAGCAUUAUGACGGCGGCGUGCGCUGGCGUCGGGCCGCGAUCAGACGAUCAAACCGUAGAUCUAAUUAAUGUAAGAAUAAACUUGGCGUAUUGUCAAACGAAGUCCAAGCGCUCGCCGCUAGAUGGAGCUACCACGUUUUUUAAAUAAUAUAUUUACUUAAUAAAUUUAGUUUCGGAUAUCAUUUCUGCUUUUAUUUUUAGUUUGCUUUUUUUAUGAUUUACCUAGGUAGUAUCAGUCGAGAAGUCGGCAGUCAACAGAUAAAUAUUUUCUCUGAAUUUCAAUUAUAAAAUUCUAUGCCGUGCAAUCUCGUUUAAAUAAUCAUGUUUAAAUAAUUCUCGAGUUUGACAAUGCGCCAAAGAUACUUUUUAUAUCUCCUAAAUAAAAUAAGAGUUAAGUUCGUCCCUAUAGCUAGAGCUUGAACAUAAUACGAUUCUUUAGAAUGUCAGAAUAAAGAAUCAUGUCAUGUUACCCUCAUAGGGACUGUUAAAAUUUACAUUACUACCGUCUGCGUUACACAAACACCCAUUUUAUAUUUAGGUUGUUUUUAACUGGAUAAAGGAUCUAGUAAGUGAAUAUCACCAGAUAUGUUUGCAGCUACCACCGGUACCAACUAUUACACCGUAACAAUGAGAUUAGUUGCUCCUUGCUUGCUAUUCUCUAAUUUAAUCAUUUUGGAGAAUCUCCGGUAUAAAUUCAUUUUAAACUCAUAAUUAUGCAUUGAACUUGUAUGCAUACAUGCACGUUUAUCUUGAUGAUAUAAUAAUUUUCAUAAAGUUUUACAAACUUAUGAAUCUAUUAACUGCUGCGGUAGUAAUGUGUUGUGUACUCCUUACUUAUAAUAAAGGUAUAACACCCCAAAACUAACAAAUGAAACUUCAUGGUCUAAAUUCAAAUAUUUGUUGUACCUAUUCUUGGUAAAAACUUGCCUACACCUACAAUAAUAAUCAGCAUCUUGACAGUACAGAUCACAGACACAAUGAGUUAUUAAUUUAAAGGGUGUUAUCACUUUUAUUACUUAGUCCAGGGGGGUAAUCUUUUGUGCCACUACACCCUUGUGUUUCAUAUAAGGAGUGAACUUUGAAUUUUCUAUAUUAAAUUGAAAAUUUAGGAUAAUAUACUAAUAUAGGGAAUUAAUGGAGAAAAAUGUACUUGUCGUCCAUAAUAACUUAAAUACAAUCGCUAUUAAGACCCUUGUUAAAUGUAUAACAUUAAACUUAAAUUUCAAGCAGUUAAUUAAGUUUGUAUGUUAUUUAUGGGACAAAAGCAUUUUUAAUUUUGAACUCGUGUUACGUUCACAUACAAAUCUAUCCUAUAACAUAAUGAUGAUGAUGAUAAUAAUAAUGAAACACACAAUAACAAUAACAUAGUUUUAGAAUUCAGUGAUAUAAUUGGUAAAAUUUUUCCAAGUUAGUGACUAAUACAGAAUCUUGAAUUUUUAUUUCACCGCACGAAUUACACAACGUGAAUGCUUUGCCCUAUAAAAUGAAAUAACCGUUGAGUAUUUAAGUAAAACCUUCAUAAACUUACGGAUCUCCAAAAUAUCUGCAAAGCAUAAUUUAAAAGGUUUAUUGUCGGUACUUUUUUAUUCGAUAAGGAUAAUCCAUCAACUAAUGAAUACUAACAUCAUAACUAGGUUAAUUGGUUUAUACACAUAUACGUUAAUUAAACCGCCCUAUCGAAUAAAAUAAAUCUACAUUUGUUUUUAGAUAUAAUGAUUGUUAUAUUAAAUUAAUUUGAUGUAAAAAAACUAUGGGAAUUUACUCUAUACCUAAGUAGUUAAUUUUAAGACUUUUUAUGGGCGAUAAUGAUGACGAAAAUAUUUUUUAUGUUGUUGUUAUCACCAUCUAAAAUAAUAAGAUUUGCAAACAUAAAAGUUACAUAAAAUAUAAUAACUUUUUUACUAUUUACUUUUUAUGGUUUUAAAUCAAUUUUGCUAACAUGACAAUAACUUGUGUUUUGCACUUUUUCUAAGCGAUUCUGGAUUGGCCAUUUUAGUUUAUAGUCUUUGAUUUUAGUUUUUAGAUAUUAUCCAAAGCAUUUUUAGUAUUAGUUAUAUAUGUUUUAACAACUUACUGUAUACAUACACCGUUUUACGUGUGCGCGAAUUUGGUUGUCGUGUUUAGUGUGUGCAUUUAUUUUAACAUAAUUAUAUAGUCUUUUAGUUUUUAUGACUCAGCCUAAAAAGACAAAUACCAAGUUGAAUUUAAAAACCCUCGGCUGGACUUUUGAAAGAGGUCAACAAUUUUAUUUAUGUUUGAUAAAUUGAACAUUAAAUAGCGCUGAAAUAAAUCACUGUUAUUGAGUCUCACUUUAAAAUGUAAAACAUCUCUUUGUGAAAACCAAAAUGCUCUUAAUCGAAAAUAACAAUAAUUACGUAAAUUAUUCCAGACAGUUUUGUUUUGUAGUUAGGUAACAGUACCACUACCAUGACUGCCUCUCAAAGAUAUUCAUUCUAUGUUUAGUAGUAAAAUUAUGAUUAUGAACUUAUGAUUUCAGCUUGGUUUUUGGUUAAAGAAUACAUAACAUUUGGUUUCAACAUAUUUGUAAAACUGUUUACUUAUACCAUCGUGUACUUUAUAAAGUUAUGUAAUAAAAUAUAUUGAAGUUUCUGAA